UUUUCUUUUAAAAAAAACCUGCUUAACUGCAGUUUUUCUCUAACUCAACUUAAAUUCUCAAUGUAGCGUAUUUAUAAUUCUAUCAUUACUAGUAAGGAGUAGAAAGGAUAUAUUUAAACAGUAAAUGGAAAGUAAAAAAACUGCUCGAAAUAGUUUGACAAGUUCCUACACGCUUAGAACUUGUUCUUGACAGUAAAGUCUCCUUAGUUUAUUUUUAUCACAGUUUAAUAAUGUGUAUAUAACCUGACCUAAUUGCAUAUACUUACAUUAAUUUGUCUUCUUUCUUUUUUAAAAGCUUACUUAAAAAAAUUAUCAGCUUAUAUAAAUAAAUAAGAAUAAUAAAUUAUCAAUAUUAGGAGAGAGGGCGCAACAGUUAUCAUUCUCUUUAUUAGAAUCAAUCACUAAGAGAAACAUUUCUCUCUGCGGCAGGUAGAUGAAAUUUGAAGGACGAACUGUUUUGUUUAGCUUAAGUAAAUAUCUUAAUUAAUUUUCAAUUGUUUUAACUACAAACGUUUAAUAGACUUAAUGAUUUAUACGUUGAAAAGAUAUUUCACUUAGUAAAUAUUGAUAGAUUAAGAUAGUCGGAAAUGUUAUUUUUUAAAAUAAAUAUUACGUUCUAGUUGAACUAGUAGAGUAUAAUAUUAGUAGAAAAACAUUCAAGCGACCGAUAUAUUUCUAUAAAAAAAAAUUCUAUACAUUUGCUCAUCAUAGACAAUUCUUCGGUUUUGCGCACCAGACGAUUUCAUUUUUUUUUGAAUAGAUGAAGUUAGCCUUGAAAACGUAAAUAGUAAAAAAACAUGUAGGUAGAGCCUUGAUAUAGCCUUGAAGGCUGUAUUAUUCUAAAUUGUAAUUUUAUUAAAUUUAUUGUUAAAUUAACGAUAAAACUAUAUUAACGUAUACUGCGAAUUUAGUUAAUUGAUAGAAAAUUUAUCAAGAUAGGUUUAAGUUUAGAAAAUUUAAAUAUUAAUUAAUUAUAUUGAAAUUAUUAAUUACCUCAACUGAAUUAUGUGUAGAUAAUAAUUAGCAUUCAGAAAGAAACACUGACCGUGCAAGUACCGUAUCAUUAAUUCUAUGAAUAUUCAUAUCUGAUAUAUUUUUAUUCUCUUUAUUAAUAUAAUCGUCUAUAAUAUACUUGCGUCUUAAAAAAUUUUCCUAUAUGUAGCAGUUCCUCGUCGGAAAAUAUGGAAAAGAACUACAAACGGGAAACUAAAUGCUCAAGGUGUAGGAAUCAUGGCGUUGACUCAUUGAGGCGAGGGCAUAAAUGGCGAUGCCAAUUUCAACAUUGUACAUGUCCUAAAUGUUCUCUUAUUAUUGAAAGAAAUAUCACUCAGUUGGCUUUGAAAAAGAAACAGAAGAGAGAAAACUUUGAUAGCUGUUUAACAGUUGAUAAUGAAGAUGAGGGAUCAGUUCUAGAAUCGAAUAGCUUAGAUGGCGAAGAGAUGACAAAGCGCCGAAAAAAGCCUCUCUGUCAGAGAUGUAAAGCUCAUAAUGAAAUUGCAUAUUUGAAGUAUCACAAGAAUAGCUGCAAAUAUCAGUUUUGUCAAUGCGAAAAAUGUAGACUUAUUAGUCAACAUAGAAGAGUUAUGGCUAAUCAAGUUUGGUUGUUGAGGCAGCAAAAGCUAUCGGCCGAAAUGUCUGAUCAACCAAUACCUAGUAACUUUUUAACAACUAGCGAACGUCAAGAUAAUCAACCAACCAUAAUGGAAACAACUCCAACCUAUAAUACUAAUAAUAACAAUUCAACGUUGUUUCAAAAUAUAUCGCCGCCACCACCACCUACACUACAACCUGAAAACAUGCCAACGCAUCCAUUAGAUAGCUAUACUCAAUUAAUGUUAAGGAUUCCUCCUUUAGAAUAUCACGGACCAUAAAUAAAGAAUAGACGAAGCUUAUAUCUUUAAUUUAUCUACUUAAUCAAACUGAUGCACAUUUACACAUUAUAAAGAAACCGGAGAAAAAAGAAGAAGAAAGCAACAGAGACAAGAAGGAGAAAAUAUAAUGUACAGUCUAAUUUCAAGUAUAAAAAAACAUUAGUUUACUCAAGUUUAAUUGCAUAUUUUAUUAUUAUUACUAUUAUUAUGGCUAAUAGCAAUUAUAAACAUAUGUUAUAGAUGUAAAGUCGAAAUUUGUAAUGUAAUAAAAGAAUGUUACAAUAAAAAUUCACGAUGACAAUU